AUGUUGGCAAGGCUCCAGUCCAACACAGCCCGCAUGUUCCUCAUCCUGGCCAUCCUUCUCGCCGGAGGCUUCCUCCACUAUUUGUGGAAGAACGAGGCCGCUCUCUCCGCGCCCUGGAUUCCUGAUGCCGGCGCCCGCCUGUUCGCCCAGCGGCCCCUCGGCUCCCCUCACUCCGAAUCCUACAUCAACCACUACAAGCUGCCAUUGCGCACCCGCGGCCGCAACAUUGUCGAUGCCGCCGGCCGCCGCUUCAAGCUGGCCUCCGUCAAUUGGUACGGCGCCAGUGACGAGCAUUACAUCCCGGGCGGGCUGGACGUGCAGCACCGCGACACCAUUGCCAAGACGAUCCGGUCGCUCGGGUUCAACUCGGUGCGCCUGCCGUACGCCGACGAGGUGGUGAUGCGCAAUCACGAGAUCCAGGUGCCGCCGCACCUGGUCGCCGCCAACCCAGACCUCGUGGGCCGCCCGCCGCUGGACGUCUUUGAAGCCGUCGUGACCGCCUUGACCGACGCCGGGAUUGCCGUCAUUGUCAACAACCACAUUACGAGCGCCACCUGGUGCUGCGGCGCCGACCCGUGCGACGCUGGCUGGGCCAACGACCACCUGCCGGCCGCGCUGUGCCGGGUGCGCCAGACCGAGAGCGACUGGAUCGCGCACUGGGAGACGCUGAUGACGCGUUUUGUCGACAACCCCCAUGUCGUGGGCGUCGACCUGCGCAACGAGGUCCGCGGCCUCUGGGGCACCAUGAGCUGGGACCGCUGGGCCACGGCCGCCGAGCGCUGCGGCAACCGGUUGCUGCGGCUCAACCCGGACUGGCUCGUGGUCGUCGGCGGCACCGAGUCUGGCAACGACCUGUCUGGCGUCGCCCGUCGCCCUGUGCGGCUCGACCUGGACCACCGCGUCGUCUAUUCCGCCCACGUCUACUCCUGGUCCGGCUGGGGCAGCCGUGCCGGCCGCUACGCCCAGCGCGGGUACGCCUCCUUUGUCGCGUCCAUGCGCCGCAACUGGGCCUACCUGGUCGAGGGCAACCUCGAUCCCGUCUGGGUCGGCGAGUUUGGCGCGCCCCAUGAGCCGUCGGUCGGCGACGCCAACUACUGGCAGAACCUGCUGCGCUUCCUCAAGUCCGUCGAUGCCGACUUUGGGUACUGGGCCAUCAACCCGCGCAAGCCCGCCGCCAAUGCCUCGGAGACGUACAGCUUGGUCGAAGACGACUGGCUCACCCCGGUGCUCGACUACCGCAUGCGCGACAUGGCCGAGCUGAUGCAGCUGCAGACGGACGAGCUAUAG